AUCGAAAGGCUCACCGUAAUGGUAUAAAAAAGCCAAAGACAUAUCGUUACCCUUCAUUAAAAGGGGUUGAUCCUAAAUUUCUUCGUAAUCAACGGUAUGCGAAGAAGGGAACAAUCGUAGCUUUAAAGAAAGUCAAGGAUGCUAAGGCUUCAGCUAUGAAAACAGAUUAA